AUAUCUAGCCUCUGAUUGGCUGCGGCUCCGGGCAAUGUGUACAGGUUUAAACAGCUGAUCUCAUUCACAACAAUCUGCAAGAGACGCUCCGUGAUACUCUGUACUCACCUAGGGUGCGGUGACACUGCAUACAUAGACUCCCGCCUGGAGGAGAACAUACAGAGUGUCCAUUCCUGAGACUCCUGGCAGGUUUCAUCAGGAAGGGAAGGAUGCCCUGAGCGAUGGGAGAUCAGGAUCAGUAUAGAGAGUACCAUCGCCUAGAGGACUUCGAGGAGGACUCUCCGCCUGGAGAGGAGGAUCUCCUGGUCCAUGUUCCAGAUGCAGUUAAAGAUUCGUGGCAUCACAUCAAGAACCUGGACAACUUUUUCACUAAGAUCUACCAUUUCCAUCAGAAGAAUGGAUUCGCUUGCAUGGUUUUAUCGGACUUCUUUGAGCUUAUACAGUUCCUGUUUGUUGUCACCUUCACCACGUUCCUUUUCCACUGUGUGGAAUACGAUGUUCUCUUUGCCAAUAAGCCUGUUAACCACACACACUCUGGUGCCGUGCCUGAUCGCAAUAAGGUGACUCUGAGUGAUGCCAUCCUGCCUGCUGCUCAGUGUGCCCAGAGGAUCAAGGUGAAUGGAUGGAUUAUCUUUCUCCUUGUCAUGGCUGCCGUAUUCUGGCUUUACCGUCUCAUUAAGAUGUUCUGUAACCUGCUGAGUUACUGGGAGAUCCGCAGAUUCUACAUCCGAGCCCUGAAGAUUCCUUCUGACGAACUGUGUAAUUCUAGCUGGCAGGAAGUGCAGAGUCGCCUAAUCUCACUACAGCGGGAGCACCCUAUGUGUGUGCACAAGAAGGAACUUACAGAGUUGGAUAUCUACCACCGUAUACUACGCUUCAAGAACUAUAUGGUGGCCAUGAUCAACAAGAAUCUCCUUCCUGUACGCUUCCACCUUCCACUGAUAGGGGAGGUCACCUUCCUCAGUCAGGGACUCAAGUACAACCUGGAACUGCUCUUCUUCUGGGGUCCAGGUUCACUGUUUCAGAACAAAUGGAACCUUCAGCCGAAGUUUAAGCGCCCUGGACAGAGACUGGAGCUUGCUCAGGAGCUGAGUCGUACCAUCGUUCUGCUGGGUCUGGCAAAUCUUUUUCUCUGCCCAUUCAUUCUCGUUUGGCAGAUCCUCUAUGCCUUCUUUAGCUACACAGAGGUGAUCAAACGGGAGCCCGGCAGUUUGGGUGCCAGGCGUUGGUCACUUUAUGGUCGUCUGUAUCUUCGCCAUUUCAACGAACUGACUCAUGAGCUUCAGGCGCGGCUAAGUAGAGGAUACAAGCCCGCCACCAAAUAUAUGAAUUCCUUUGCCUCUCCACUGCUUGCCAUUGCUGCAAAGAACCUGGGAUUCUUUGCCGGAUCCCUAUUGGCUGUGCUUAUUGCAUUGACCGUUUAUGAUGAAGACGUACUUACUGUUCAGCAUAUCCUGACCGCUAUAACUGUGCUGGGAGUCCUCGUUACCGUGGCUAGGUCGUUCAUACCAGAUGAACACCUGGUUUGGUGCCCGGAGCAGCUGCUGCAGUGUGUCUUGGCUCACAUACACUACAUGCCCGACCACUGGCAAGGCCACGCACACAAGUCAGAGACCCGCAACGAGCUUGCGCAGCUUUUCCAGUACAAGGCUGUCUUCAUCCUGGAGGAACUGCUCAGUCCAAUCAUCACCCCUUUCAUUCUCAUCUUCUCCCUGCGCCACAAGUCCUUGGAGAUCAUCGAUUUCUUCCGCAACUUCUCUGUUGAAGUGGUGGGUGUUGGGGACAUUUGCUCUUUUGCUCAAAUGGACAUUAGGAAGCAUGGAAACCCUCAGUGGAUGUCCGAAGGGCAGACCCAAGCCUCAGUCUACCAGCAAGCAGAGAAUGGGAAGACAGAGCUUUCGCUCAUGCAUUUUGCCAUCACUAACCCCCACUGGCAGCCUCCGUUGGAGAGCUCUGUGUUCAUUGGCCAUGUAAAGGAAAAGGUUCAGCAGGACGCGGCCAACGCUCCACCAGCACAUCAAAUUCUGUGUGACUCCCCAAUCUGCAGCUCCAUCCUUUCUGAUUCUGGGACAGCGCCGGAUAAUUUAUUGGCUAGUGUCCUUGUCCACCCGGUCCUAACGGCAAGUGGUUUACCCACCAAAGAUCGGAGAUUUGCACAGCCAACAACCACGGCAUCUGCUGCCGCCAGCGUCCUCGCGUCUCUAUCCUCAUCUCAGAUCACUGGCCAUCAGGGAGCGCAGGUGAACAGCUCCAUGUAUCAGAGCGACCGUACUGUCCUGCAACAAAGCAUGUCAAACAGUGGUCUCCUGCUUCAAAGUAUCUCGCGCUCGUCUCUGCUGGCGUCAGAAUUCGCCUCUGCCGAGAUGAGUCUGCAUGCUAUUUACAUGCACGAGGUACACCAGAAUCAGGGCUCCUCCCAGCGGCCCCUGGGCAUGUGGCAGGCGACUGAUCUCUCACCUCAUCAGAGACAUCACCCCAGCAUGUGGUCGGGACCUCGCUCAGGAUACCACGGUUUGCGUCUUGGCGGGUGGGAAGAGGAGGGACAGAUGCAGGGUGUGGAAGGGAGUAACACCGAGCAAACUACGGCCACAGAACACAGCGCGAAAAGCAGCAGCUAACGUGCCUUAAAUGAUUGUACAGAAGAUCUCCACCUGCGUUGGAAUUUAAACCCAAUGGACAUUGUGCAGGAUCUGCCUGAGAACCUUUGUCUGUGUCCCUGCUGGACUCUGUCUGUUUGCUGACUGAGUGUGUGUGUUCCCUGCCUGAACCAGCAGAGACUUUGCCUUGGACAGGUUUAUUUAUCAUUCGUUAAGGAUAAGGCGUCGCUUUCCCCAUCGUGUAAUUAUUUUUAUGCCGAAAGGACUUUGACUUUUAGUGCCCUGAUUCUCUCACAGCUGAGUUUUUACUCCUUAUUUAGUUCUUCGGACACUACAAGCAGAUUGACAUUUGUAAAAGGAGGAGGUGGUGUAUUUAUUGCACAGUAUUAUUAGAUAUAAGCCCACACCUGGACGACGCCCGCAAGCAGUCUGGUUGUGAAUCCUACAAGGCAGGCGAUAGUUUGGUGUUGGAUUCAUCAAGGCGCAGAUCUUGGGCACACUGUAAUGGUCUUGGAUGGAGGUGGGGCUGCUAUGGGCGAUGGUGUGUAUGGCUUCUAUGAAAACUUCUGUUGCUUUAAUUGUCUACAAGCUGGGUGGGCUUUCAGGUGCUUCCUAAAGAUGGCUCCAGAAACCCAGCUGUUAUAUUAACACUAUUCAUGCAAUCUAUUUCAAUGAGGGAAUCAUUGAAACGCACAGGGCAGCACCAUUGGAUGUGUCUCUUAUGCCGGUCUGACGGAGGGAUCCAUAAACAAAACCAGUUACCGGGCAUGUUGGCGUAGGGUGAAGUGCCUUUUGGAUUUGCUGCUUGUUCUGUGUGUUGAAAUCAUUACCCUCCAGAGAACGUAUUUUUAAAUUGCUGCUUGACACACGUUUUAGUGGCUGCUUCCUCUCAUCGUGGAUCAUUACUUCUUGGUGACCCUUCCUGCUUUAACAGACUGCUGCUUUCUCCAUGAAACAGGAAGGUUUGUCCUGUAAAUUCAGGCCGUGGCCCAAAGUAAAUUCCCUUCUGGCGUAUGUAUUUUGUAAAGAGCUAUAUUGUAUUACGAGUUUCCAGAUCUAGAAGCUGAUAGGACAAAGGAGAGCCCAGCCAUAAUAUAGGCCAUAAAAACUCCAAAACCCAAAUACCUCCAAGGCCUGCGGGAUUUCUCUGUGUCUGCAUCCUGGCAUGAUGCUUUGUUACCUCUCCCUUUACUCAGAUAACCGGUCACAUAGUAAUAAUAUCUUAACCCUCUGUGACUUAUCGUGAAAGAACACUUUGUUACUUGAUGUGCGAAGUGAAAUGGAUUGAUCAUGGAACAAAAUAUCCUGUCUAAACCUGUUAAUGCCUCUAAAAUAAAUCGAUUUGUAAAUAAUAAAGAGUGGCCGAACAGGCUCAGAGAACAUUAGAGAGUGUGCCAGAGCCCUUCCUCUCUGACUGGUCACCAGUCACCACGUAGCCCUACAUUACUCGCUGUGUAUGGUCAGCUCCUCCAUCAAAGCCAUCCUCAAUGUUAGCCCGCUUUUAGAUCUUGAACGUUUUAGGAAAUAAAGAACUAAUUGUUUAUUAGUGACGGUUUGCUGACAAGAGAGUUUUCAGGUUUAAUAAAUGUACUUUUUUUUUUUAUUUUAUUGAUAUUUACUAUAGGAUUUAGCAAGGUAAUCAGUGGCUGGCCAUUUUUUUUGUGUUCUACACCCAACAAUCAUGCAUUAUUCCAUCCAUCAGCCUAAAAUACUGAAUCUUUUAGAUAAAACCAUGUGUCCCGAGUCUGAAUUGAGAAGAUAUUGAAGGUGGCAGAGAGGGAUUUCAGAGAUAUGCAUAUUUUUGAGAGCGAGUCUUAGGCUGGGCAGUGGGCAAACCAUGAGUGCCGGGCCGGGCUGGGCAGUGGGCAGACCGUGAGUCUGAGGGUGAGCAGAAUGAGACUGGGCAGACUGUGAGUGCCAAGCUGGGCAUUUGGCAGACUUUGUGCCAGACUGGGCAGGUGGUGAAUUCUGAUGAAGCAGACAGCAGAUGGCAAACUAAGCUAUUGAGCCUUUCUCUCUAGGUUUCAUAGUGAAAGAUCCUUCUGUUUAAUUUUGCUGGUGCCAAGUUGUGCCCAUAAGUUAGAUUGCAGGAGUUAUGUUCUGGCUGACCAUACCAGCUGUUUACAGCAGAUGGCAUUUGCCCAGACUUGGUUAGAUAGUCCCCUUAUGCCUGAUGUUGGUGAAUGCACUGCAGGUACAUCCUAAUCCUGGUUCAUUUUGCAAUACAUGUUUACAUAUUGUAAAGAA